AUGAGCAGCUUCGCAUGCCUCCAAAGUUCCCGUCGGGCUCUGUAUCGAGUCUUUAUCGAGCGCGAAGCUCUUACACUCCAAUUCAUCAAACCAACACAACGAAUACUACCAUUAUACCAGAAUCGUCGAUUCUCUGUGUCACCACUACAAUUGAAGGGAAAGGCUCGCCGAGGAAAAGAUGUUCUGGAUGAUUUGGAGACGGAACCCGAUGAGGAUGAAGCCAGAGCCUUUGAUCGACGCUACACCACCCAGGAAGAUUUCAUCAAAUCCGGCCGCGACCGUCUCCCUAUAGAUUUCGAGAUAACGGAUCCCAAAAUCAUGGUUCUUGACAAUGGCGUCCUCGACGGACCCAAGAUUACGCGCAACGUCAUGAGCCGCAUCGACACUUCUACCGAUUCCCUCCGAAUGGCAACUCCCUACAUCCCCGCCGAUCCUAAAAACAACAAGCCAGCACAAUAUGCGCUAUGCAAGAUCGUCAACAAGAGGGAAGAAUACGAAAGACAGCGAGAGCUCCAACAGCGUCGUCGUGUGUCUAAGCAGACUUCAACAAAGAACAAGGAAAUUGAGAUGAGUUGGGCAAUCGACGAUAACGAUCUCAAAAUCAAGACGAGGCAGCUCAUCAGUUUCCUCAGCAAGGGCUGGAAAGUGGAACUCAUUUUGGGAUUCAAGAAGAAGGGCCAGAAGAAGAGGACUUCUGAGGAUACAGCCGAAGAAACAUACGGUAAAGUGCAACAGCUCGUAAAGGAGCUUGGUUCAAAAGAGCACAAACCGAGUGAAGGAGAGGUUGGCCGCACUAUGAGGUUUUACCUCGAAGGUAUUUACAAGGAGUUGAAUACCGAGCUACAAGCAGAGGCUGCUAAACAACCACCCGCAACUGAAGUGGAGCAGCAGCAGCAGCAGCAAAAGGAUAGUCCUGUGCAGAAGGAAGCAUAA